GUCUACAAUUUUACAAUGGCUGUUUUUGAGGCACUUCUGCAGUUUCCCAGCACAGGAACAUUACUGGGCGCUUUGCUUUUGCUUCUGGUUGUAUAUCUGCUUUCAUCAGGCUCCAAACCUCAGAAAGAAGGUAAAGACCCACCAGGACCCAAACCACUGCCACUGCUGGGAAACCUGCUGACGCUUGACCUUGAGAGACCCUUUGACACACUUUGUGAGCUGUCUAAAACCUACGGAAACGUGUUCCAAGUGUUUUUGGGUCCCAAAAAAGUUGUGGUCUUAGCUGGGUGCAAAACAGUUAAAGAAGCACUUGUGAACUAUGCAGAUGAGUUUGGGGACCGAGAAAUUGGACCUGGUUUCAGAAUACUAAAUGACGAACAUGGGAUCAUCUUUUCCAAUGGUGAGAACUGGAAAGAGAUGAGACGCUUCGCUCUCACUAACCUGCGAGACUUUGGGAUGGGUAAGAGAGGAAGUGAAGAGAAAAUCAUAGAGGAAAUUCAGUACCUGAAAGAAGAGUUUGAGAAGUUUGAAGGGAAACCCUUUGACACAACACAGCCUGUGAACUACGCUGUAUCAAACAUCAUCUCAGCUAUUGUGUAUGGCAACAGAUUUGAAUACACUGAUCCUCAAUUCAAAGAAAUGGUCGAUAGGGCAAACGAGAACGUUCGGGUUGGUGGAUCGGCUUCAAUGACGCUUUACAGCAUAUUUCCAUGGUUGGGCCCGUUCCUGAACAGCAAACGGAUUAUCGUAAGAAAUAUACUGAAAAAUAGAGCACAGAUAACAAAGUUAAUCAGUGGGCUACUGGAGACUCUGAAUCCACAGGACCGCAGAGGGUUCAUCGACUCCUUUCUCAUCCGCAAACAGAGCGAGGAGCAAUCUGGCAAGACGGACUCAUACUUCCAUCAGGAGAAUCUUAUAAUGACGGUGGUGAAUCUCUUUGUUGCUGGUACUGACACCACAGGAACAACUCUGCGCUGGGGUCUGAUGAUUAUGGCCAAAUACCCUCAUAUACAGGAUCGGGUUCAGGAGGAGAUUGACAGAGUGAUCGGUGGACGUCAACCAGUUGUGGAUGACAGGAAGAAAUUACCAUAUACAGACGCUGUGAUCCAUGAAACCCAGAGACUGGCCAACAUAGUACCAAUGAAUCUACCCCAUACGACCAGCUGUGAUGUUCACUUCAAUGGAUACUUCAUCAAGAAGGGUACCACAGUAUUUCCUCUGCUGACGUCUGUAUUAAAGGAUGAAAGUGAAUGGGAGAAUCCACACAGUUUUUACCCAGAACACUUCCUUGAUGAAAAAGGCCAGUUUGUUAAGAAAGACGCUUUCAUGCCCUUUUCUGCAGGCCGCAGAAUGUGUGCUGGGGAGAGUUUGGCCAGAAUGGAGCUCUUCCUGUUCUUCACCUCCCUCCUUCAGCACUUUCGCUUCACUCCUCCACCUGGAGUGUCUGGAGAUGAACUGGAUCUCAAAGGAAUAGUUGGAAUCACAUUGAAUCCAUCUCCACACAAACUGUGUGCAAUCAAACGGUCCUGAUGCAUGACAAUAACAUCAAUCCUUAGGAGAAAAUCAUUUGCCAAUGAACUGAAUGACACUGCAUUAUCAGCUGGUCAUAACAAGGAACAUAGUCUUCCAGAACUCUAUUUUCUACUUUUAUAAUAUCUAGUUAAUUUUCUACUCAGACAAAAUUCUGAAUAGUAUAAGAUAAGAUUUGAUGCCAUCUUCAAAUUCUUCCUCAUAAGAAAACAGAUGCAGGCAAACAGUGCUUUUCAGUUUUGCGUGCAAUCCUUGUCAGAUGGUUAACGACGGACAAGGAACAAUUUGGUCAGCAAUAUUGUCAAGGAUUGGUAAUCCAGAUCUGUUCCACUCUAUCCAGUCCUUUUUUAUAUAUAUUAAAGUUUUGAAUAAUACAAUACUUGCAUUGUGUUUUUUGUUUUGUUUUUUUUUUCUCCUAGGAGCAAAAAUGAAUCAUAUUAAAUAUAUUAAAAUAUUACAAAUUAUAUUAACAUAUUAACUCUUUAAGCUCGGAUGGGCCCGGCGAUAAUUAUCAAAGUAUUACUACCUACAUUCUUGACCAACACAAAAUAGAGAUUGUUUGAGAGCUUAGAAGCUCUACUUUACAAUGCAUGUAGGCAUUAUGACUUUAAAAUUUGCAGACAAAUCAGAAGUUCCGUUUUUAUAAUUUAUAAAAAAUUAAUAUUGUAAUCAGUAAAAACAUCAAACUGGUCAAAUAGCCAUGUUGUUGGAAAGCUCUCAAAGAGUAGACUACAACAGGCCAAUUUUUUCCUUACAGACAAAAAACAUACCCUAGUUAUAGCUAAGUAUAUGUCUUUGACAUACAUGUUACAUAAAAACAGGUAUUGCUUAUUGGCCACGCUUUCGGAUAUAACUUCACAAAAAAUAUACAGAACAUAAAAUAUCACGUCAUUAAUUAGAGGAGGUGAUUCUUUUUAAAAUGAGCCCACACACAACGUAAUCAGAUGCAUAGAUCAUUAGAUAAUCCACACGAAGCACAAUGUGCACACAGCACAUAAUGUGCUAUCUGGCUAAAAACAUGUUAGCUUUUCCUGGAUCAGAUGAAUUUAUCUGAAAUUAUGUAGUAUGUUGUCCAGCGUCAUGGAAUGCUAAACCAAUCAUAUUGUGAUUCAGAUCGCUGCUAUCAGAGGUGGAAGUCAUCCAAAUAUGGGCAGAGAGGAUCGUUCACUCUAAUUACAUAUGGCCACCACUAGAUGGCACCAAGUACAUGACACAGAAUCAAUGAUGGCUCAAAUGACACAGAAUGGAGCUGAGAUAUCGUUACCCAUGCCUGCAUGCUUUGGAGAGAGAACAUACCUUUUGUAAUUGUUGUAUUUGCAUGUGUAAUUAUUUCUUUUAUACAAUUAUGUUUUAUUUGUUUGGAGAUGUUUUUGGACAAUAAAAUAAAUUAUUUGUGUAAUGCUA